UAAGGUGAUCGUGAACAGACGCAGAUGGACACUGUGUUUUGCGCAGCUCACUUGCCUUCUCAUUACCACACAGUGUCUCUUCCUUUGUCGUCUGUGUUUUGAAGUGUUCGCAGAUAUGGGUGUUGCUGACUAAACAAACGGAAAGUGGAGUAAGGCUGCUGUCAGACUAGAGAACAGAGAGAAAUCUCGGUACUCCGCUUGGAUACAGAAGAUUAACGCGGAUAAACGUGUUUGAGGAUGGAGGAGGAAGCGCCAGUCAAGCCAUCAGUAGCUCAGCUGGCUGGAAAACUCAAAGGUUAUGCACUGCCAAUGCCAGGAAACAUGGAGGUGAUAUCUAUGAGAAGACCCCCAUGUUCUCUGGUGAUAAACAACCAAAAAGAUGAAGAACAUGAAGAGAAGUCGUCUGUCUGUCCUCAUCCUCCUAAGAUGAAGAUAAAGAGUUCACCCCUCAUUGAAAAACUACAGGCCAAUCUUGCCCUCUCUCCAACUGUCCUGCUCUCCCCACCCAAAAGUCCAGAGUCCAAACAGCCGCCCACUGCCUCCAGUCCCAUCAGCCCCUGCAUCUCCACCCUGCUGCCCACUCAGCUGUCCUGUGAAGAUGAGGCGCCGGUUAGCUUCGAGCAGCCAGUCGAGGGUACUCCACUGCCCAGCAUCAACAAGAGUCGAGCUAGGCUGUCUUUUAAGCGACGGCUGCCCACACGACAACACAGGAAGUCAGCAUGUGAGGAGGUAAAAUGGAACGAAGGAAAUGAAUCUCCGUGUGAACCAGAUAGUCAACAGCAGAAUGGAGAUGAAGGGGAAUUGAUUGGUGGGCCUUCGCAGGAGGAUACAGAAGAUAAAAUGGACUCUGCUCAACCCACCAAUGGCCCACAACAGGAAAAAGACAGGACAGAGCACAGAGAUGUACCCCAAGAAAAUGAGGGGACCCAAGUAACCCAUAUAGGAAAUAAGGAUGAAGUAACUAAAGGAGGAUAUGAACCUUCUGACUGUAAACAGGACCAAAAAGAAGAGAAGGAAGAGACAGAAGAGGACAGGACAGAAGUGAAAGAGGACAAGGAAGUGCUGGCUGCAGAGAACAACCCAGAAUAGAAGUAACAGGGUAAUGGUCAUCAAUUUUUUUUUGCCAAUAAGCAUUGAUUUAGCAACCUAGAAUUGUGAGAAGAUUAUUGCAGACAACAGUUGAAUAACUGCAGUUUCUAACAAAAAUUCAAGUGAACUCAUUGAGAACAGACUCCAGUAUAGAUGAAGAGGGACAAUGUCUGAAUGCCAGAAUUGAACCUCUUUGAGGUCUGUGGAUUUAUGGACUUAAUAUUGCUAAAGCAAAUAUUACACAAAGGGUUAUAUGUUAUCAACACACUCUCAUUUGUAACUCUUUUAUGUUGGAGAAUUGGUGGUGAAUUUGUACAAUCUAAUUUGUAUGUUUUCAUACAAUCUCCUUGCACCCCACUGCUGGUUAGGUUUAGUGGUGGACCCCUUUUUUAAAAAAAUUGUACAAAUCAAAUUGUACAAAUUUACCAACUGCAAAAAAACAUUGAAGUUUUAUCAAGAGAUCAGGUGGGAUCUUAUAGCUAAAAUGAAGCCAUUAUAUCAAACCCUGAGUUUCUAUUCAAACUCUAUAGGGCAUGUCUGAGUAAUUCAUAUGCCUCUAUCUUGCUUGCUUUUGCUUUUAAAUGAACUUAUGUUGGAUUCUUAUUUGCUGUUCAGAGAACGAGAACGCUUUCACCUUUGGAGAGCAUUCUCUAUUUUAAAAGUUCCAACCUUCCCCCGAUCUGAAUAUUUAUGUGAUUCAAUUUACAAAAUGACAAAUUCCACUGACAUAGGUGUAUUUUUAUUGACUGUCAGUUAAUUUAAAAAUACCUGACAUGCCUCUGUGACAGUCCCAGGCUCUGUAAACCGCAAAAGUUGGCUAGAAAUGGUUCAUAAACACUUCAGAAAUGCUUUAUCUGUCAGUCAUUUUGAGUGUUUAAGUUUGCUGACAUUGAGUUUGCUUAGAGGCUUGUGGAGAGGUUGUUUGGUUAAAGUUUCAAAAUCAUGAGUCACUAACUGCACUUUCUCUGAUGGUUAAUGAAUGCAUGCACAGUUUUUUAACAUCUUGCAGAAAAAUGAUAAAUAACAAGAUAAAUAAUACAAAGAACUAGUGUCAGAUAUUGCGAAAGCCAAAUUCACCAGCAGUCUCCACUGCUGCUAUGCAAGGAUACUUUAAAAUGGCUGGAAUAUAUCACUGUGACUGCAAAGCUACUGUACUGCAUCAAUGACCUUUUACUUCCCAUAUAAGACUGAAUAAAGAGCUUUAUUUA